AUGGCUUAUAUAAAUGCUAUCGGUUGUAGUGAAGGUCUCUCAAAUUCUAGACCUCCUCUAUUUGAUGGCACAAACUUUGCUACUUGGAAAACGAGAUUUAGAAUAUAUGCAAGAUCUCAAGGAGUCAAAGUUUGGAUGGCCAUAGAAGAUGGUACUAUUAUACCGACUAAAAUAGUCGACGAUACCAUCAUCGAAAAGAAAGUAAGUGAAUACACUCACGAAGAAGAAGAUAGAAUGAAUAUUGCCGCAAAAGCGGAAAUGGUUCUCACAAGUGCACUUGCGGAAAAAGAAUAUAAACGAGUAAACAAUUGCAAGUCGGCACAAGAAAUGUGGAACAAAUUAGUGGUAACCUAUGAAGGUACUACCGACAUAAAAGAUUCUCGAAUGGACACAUUGAUCCAAGAAUACGAGAACUUUAAACUCCAAGAUGGAGAAAAUAUCAUCGAUAUGGAAACAAGAUUUACUCGAAUAAUCGAUGAACUAUCUCAACUCGGAAAGAACUAUACACAAAAUGAAAAGAAUCGAAGAGUUCUUAAAUCUCUACCUCCGAGUUGGAAAGUGAAAGUCACUACUAUUAAAGAGAUGCAUAAUCUCAAUGACUAUCACAUUGAUAACUUAUUCGGAAACCUUCGUGCUUACGAAGAAGAUAAUAUUCCGGAUGUUGUCGUUCCCAAAGUGGAAGACAAGAAGAAAAAUAUGGCACUAAAGGCUAUAUUAAUCGACGAAGAUGAAAAUGAUGAAGAAUUAAAUGAAGAACUACAAAAUCUCGAUGAAAGCGAAAUCGCUUUACUCACGAGACAACUUCGUCGUGUGCUUCAAAGCAAAGCACAAAGGUAUGGAAAAGGCUUCCUAAAAUCAAAUAAUCAACAAAGAGUUUUCAACUCUAAUGGAAGGCCUAAUUACUCUCAAAAUUAUUCUCCAAACUACAAGAGUAAUUUUCCUACCAACUCGGGCUAUAACAAAGGCAAAACCAAUCAAAGCCCAAAUGGUUAUAAUACCAAUAAUUACACUCCUCCAAAACAAAAAGAACAAACUCCGGAGGAAACACAAGAAGUGUGUUUCGAGUGUAAACAACCGGGUCACUAUAAACGAGAAUGUCCUAAACUUUCUAAAGGAAGGAUUCUCGUGGCCGAAAACGGUUGGGAUUUAAGUGAAGAUGAGGAACCUCCCGAAACAAGUGAAGAAGUGGUUAAUCUAUGUUUGAUGGCAAUUGAAGAUGCUUCUACAUCAACGGAUCCUUCCACUACUAACCAAGAGGUAAGUAUUUCUUCACCAACUUUAGUUGAUAUUCCUCUUCUUAAACUCUCUAGUUUAAAUUUGUCAAAAAUGGAAAAGGAUGAAUUGAUCAAGGUGCUAGUUGAAAUGAAUACUCGAUAUGAUUAUCUUGAUCAAUUAUUUUUAUCUACUUGGUCCGAGAAAGAAAAACUUGAAGAUCUAUAUCAAACUCAACAAAAAGAGUUUUCUCGGAUAAAGGAAUCAAACAUUAAACUUGAAGAAGAAAUGGUAUCUCUUCAAGAUUCCUUUAAUCUUGAUAACAACAAGAUCAAGAAUGAAAUUACAAAGUUGGAAAUUGAAAAUAUUUCCUUGUUGUUGCAAUCUAAAGAAAUGGAAGAUGAGAAGCUUAAAUUAAAUGAAAACAUUGGAAAGCUUCAUGUUGAUUUACUAAAUCUUAAAAUAUUAAAUGAGUCAAUGACUCAAGAAAAAUCAACUACGAGUUAUCAAAAAGAUAAACUCGAAAAAGAAUUUGCUCAUGUCCUUGAAGUAAAAGAAAAAGAGUUCAAAUAG